AUGAGGCACCCAGACCUUACGCGUGAGAAGGUCAUUACGGACUGCGCCAGCAUCGCUUUUCCCUGGAUGAUUGAACAACUCAAACGGAUGGGUUUAGCCGGUUUGGCCAGACGAUUGGAGCGUCAGAUGCCCUCGCGGUUCUCCGCUUUCGACUACACCCUUGUGCUUUCUCGUCCACCGCCAAGCGCACCCUUGCCCCAUCAUCUUCAUGAUGAUGCGUGA